GCGACAUGGAGGGCUGACGCACGCUCACGUGACCGCCGGGCGCAGAUGUUGGCACCAGUGCUGGUGCCCGCCCUCCCUCCUACCUCCUUGUGGUGGCACCCGGAGCCGUCCUCUGAGCUCCUAAUUGUUGCUCCAGGUCCUUCCAGGUCUGCUUGUCUGUUGUUCUCAGACCUCUGCCAGGUUAGAAAAAGAGGAGGAACCUGUCCAGAAUCCUUGCAGGAUAGGAAAAGAAGGAGAAAUCUCAACAUGGAAAAACUCUGCACUGAAAAUGGAGGAAAGACUGAGAACCAAGGAAAGAUGGAAAAUGAAGAACAGCCACAUGACUCAAGGAAGGCAGAAGUAGCUUGUACUCUGGAAGGCAAGGAAAAGUUAGGUAAUGAGAGAAAAAAUCCAGAAGAUGAGGAAAUGCUAAACCAUAAAGAAAAGUUAAAGAGUGAGACAAAGUCAAAAGAAGGAGAGUCAGAGAGUGAGGAAAUUCUAGAGAGCAUGGAAAAGCCAAAAGAAGGGAAACCAGACACUGAGGAGAACCUGAAAGAAGGAAAGCCAGAGAGGGAGGGGAACCAAGCAAGUGAGGAAAAAUCAGAAGAAAAGCUAGCCAGUGAGCCAAGGGCUAGAGGAAAGCGCCCAGCUGAGGAUGAUGCCCCAAGGAAAGCCAAAAGAAAAACCAACAAGGGACUGGCUCAGUGUCUCAAGGAGCACAAGGAGGCCAUCCAUGACAUGCGUUUGAGUAAUGAGGAAAUGAUCAAAGAAUUUGAUGACAUGGCUAGGGUGGAAGAUGAGGUGAAGAAAACCAAACAGAAAUUGGGGGGGUUUAUGUGGAUGCAGAAAAGUUUACAGGACCCCUUCCACCCCAGGGGCCCAAGGGAACUUAGAGGAGGCUGCAGGGCCCCACAAAGAGGCUUUGAAGACAUCCCUUUUGUAUAGUACUCCUGGCAGACUUUUGCCAGGCCCUGUGCUUUAACCAUACGGUAGUACUUUACUAUGGGUAUAACUUACCAGCUUCAGCCCUCUGUUUCAGUAGGAGAUUUUCAUCCAUUUUGCAUGGUAAAAUGUUAUUGAUGCAUUGUAGAAUUAAAAAGGAAACAGUUUGCAGAACCAGAUAUACGGCAUGAGUAAAGUUUUGUAAAACUACAAAGAUAUUUACCAAGGAAACAAGCAAAAAUGAAUCCAGAUUUGUGUUCACUAAAAGUUUUACAGUUAUUAUCAGUGGGAGAUUUUUUUUUUCUUUUCUUUUUUAUUGAUCUGCUACUCAAAAAAAUCAGAUUGCUUUUGUCAUAAAAAUAAUGAAAGAUUAAAAUGGAAAAUAUUACAUAAUCAAGAACUGUUCAGUGAGCUUAAUGAAGGUGGUAGAGAUGCUUAAAGUUCUUGGUGUUAAGACUCUGAGGGGAGGGAGGCUUUCAGGUUCACUGUAUGGGGAUCAAGGUGGGGAACAGUCCUUGGGUGGUGGGAGCAGUGUAAAACUGUACUCUUAUUAACCUAUGGUCUUAUAAGUCACUAUUAAUACAAUAAGCCAGGGAAAAAUACAUUGAAUAUGUCAGGUUCUAAAAGAAUUCUUGGUGUCUGGGACAUCAAAUGAUAAAUAAAGCACACAUUACCUUUAAAAGCUAAAAGAGUCAACCUAAAAGCUAUUAUAGAUCUAUUACUAUAAGGGAUAGUCUUGUCAUCUGUGAGAAGUGGAGCAAAAUUGCCUUCCAUGGCUUUGGAAAUCAAGUGUGUUACUGACUGAGCUGUGUUAGGCUAGUUCCUGCACUCUCCCUUGUAUUUGCAGGCCUCUCUCUGUUAGGUGUUUCAGCACCCUGCUAGAUGUUUGGUGGAGGGUUGAGAGAAGUCUCCUCUGUGUCCAUGAAUAAAUCCAGACAGCUGAGGUGUCUCUCUCAUGUGAGUAAUGGCAUGUCUGAUGGACACCUCUUUUGGUACCUGUAUUUUCCCAGGGCCCUCCCUAUUGCUGGUGGGCUGACAUCCUCAAAAGUAAGAGUCUCUUUGGUUUCUCUUGAGUCUCUAGUAAGUUAAAUCACCUCUCUAUUUCCCUUGCCAAACUGUGGACCACCUUCUCACCUUAUGGUUUAAUUAAUGCUAUGAUAAAAUGUGGAAACAUGCUUAGCAAAACUUAAUACAUUUUUCAGGUAUUAUAAUUAUCCCACUGCACUUGGCUUUUUCAAAGCAGAGAAUUUACCUUACUCAUUUUGACACAACACACAAUGUAAGUUUUAAAAUCAAUUCAUGAAUUAUUGAAUAAGAAUUUGCCUCUCCAAAAGGAAUGCAAAGAGGGAUCAUGCUAUAAUUCAUUGCCAACUGAGCUUGGCAUUGGAUAUAGUACUGUCUCUCCAAGUUUGUAACUACUUGCAGACCACCAGCAUCAAAUCACCUAGCUGCCUUGUGGAAAAUGCAGGCUUCUGGCUUCCAUGUAAAAUACAAUGUUUCAGAAUUUCUUCUAAUCUAUCCUCACAGUAUGUGUAUGACUCAUGCCAGUGUACAUACAUGUCUUUUGAUUUUUAACUCAUUUUUAAUUUUUAUCAAAUUGAUGCUUGUACAAAAUGUAAAAAUGUAAAAAUCCAAUCAUGCAGAAGAGUUUAUUAUUAAAAGCAGCAGUCUGCCUUGUCAUUUCACAUUCCUACUGUCCAGGGCAACUACCAAAAUGCUUUUGUUUUUUUUCCAGUAUUUACCUUUAUAUUUUUGAAUAAAACACUUCUGCUAUUUCUUUUUAACAGUUUCACCGCAGCACAAUUCACAUGCCAUAAAACUCACCCUAUUUAAGUAUAUAAUUCAGUGACUUUUUAGUAUAUUAGCGGAAUUCUAAAAUCAUUUCCAUGGCAUGUAAUAAUGUUCUCAUUCUUUCUUCUACUCAGUAUCUAACAGAUAUGAAUCUCCUUUCUAAUUCUAUGGAUUUGCCUCUUCUGGACAUUUAUAUAAAUAGAAUUUAUUGUA